UGGAGCAAAGCUGCUUCUCCCCCUCAGCAGGAGGAGACUGAGCGAGCACUCAUGGAGGAAAGCCAGAAGGUCGGGUGGCAGCAGUGGAUGGACACAUCUCCUGUCAAAUACUGGAAUGUCCCGAGGACUCAUGAGCCCUACAACCGGUCGGAGGAGCAGGUGCUCAUCAACCGGCGGGACAUCAUGGCGAAGAGGGACGCCUGGGACAUGCAGGAGUUCAUCACCCGCAUGUACAUCAAGCAGCUGCUCCGCCACCCGGCCUUCCAGCUGCUGCUGGCCGUGCUGCUGGUGACCAACGCCAUCACCAUCGCUCUGCGCACCAACUUCGUCCUCGACCAGCAACACUACGAGUUGUUCUCUACCAUAGACGACAUCGUGCUGACCAUCCUUAUCUGCGAGGUUCUCCUCGGCUGGCUCAAUGGCUUCUGGAUUUUCUGGAAGGACGGCUGGAACAUCCUCAACUUCUUUAUCAUCUUCACCUUGCUGCUGGGGCUCUUCGUUAAUGAGCUCAACACUGUGUCUAUCACAUACACGCUCAGGGCGCUUCGUCUGGUGCACGUGUGCGUGGCGGUGGAGCCCUUGGCCCGGAUCAUCCGCGUCAUCCUGCAGUCGGUGCCUGACUUGGCCAACAUCAUGGCCCUCAUCCUCUUCUUCAUGCUGGUGUUCUCGGUGUUUGGGGUCACACUGUUCGGCUCCUUCGUGCCCAAGCACUUCCGGAACAUGCAGGUUGCCCUGUACACCCUCUUCAUCUGCAUCACCCAGGACGGCUGGGUGGACAUCUACAGCGACUUCCAGAUGGAGAGGAGGGAGUACGCGAUGGAGAUCGGGGGCGCCAUCUACUUCGCCAUAUUCAUCACCCUCGGGGCCUUCAUUGGCAUCAACCUGUUUGUCGUGGUCGUGACCACCAACCUGGAGCAAAUGAUGAAGGCGGGGGAGCAGAGGAAACAGCACCAGGUCCUCUUCAGUGAGACAGGCGAAGAGGAGGAGGACGGGAGUGACGAGCUGCCACUGGUGCACUGUGUGGUUGCCCGCUUGGAGAAGUCUGGUCUCCCCCAAGAACCGCUUGUGGGGGGUCCCCUGUCGAACCUCUCGGAAAACACCUGCGACGAUUUUUGCUUGGUGCUUGAGGCAAUACAGGAGAACCUGAAGCAGUACAAGGAGAUCCGAGAUGAGCUCAACAUGAUCGUGCAGGAGGUGCGCUCCAUCCGCUUCAACCAGGAGCAGGAGGAGGAGCUGCUGCAUAGGCACCUGUCCUUGAGCCUGUCGUUCGAGAGCGGGUCCUCCAAGGACAUCCGCGAGAUGGCUCACGAGCAGGACCUGCUCACUGCACUCGUUAACAGGGAAAAGGUUCAUGAUUCUACCACGAAUAUGCUCAACAAACACAAGAGCAGCCGCUGAGAGGGCAGGAUGGGAGCCCAAGGCUGCACACACCCGGCUGCUGGAUCUUCCUGCAUCCCUGGCCACCCUCGGCCUGUAGACACCUGGUCAGAGGCACCGCAGGGCUCGCGCCUGUGAGACCCAGCUCCAGAGCAGCCAGGAUGGAGAAGGGUGCCAGAUGCACGUGGAAGCCCUAGCACCCAGGACGAGCACAGAGGCGGUACUAGCCAGCGCAGGCAGGAUUUGGGCUAAGGACAGCCCCCUGCUCUGGUCCAGGGCUGGGCGCCUGUGGGCCCAGGUCCGAGCAGAGAAAGGUGAGGCCCUGGGACUA